UAAUAGUAUUCUUUUCCUUAUUUAUUCAUUUAUCAUCCGGAAAUCCACUCCAUUAUCGCAGUCGCUCUACGUGCCAGUCACAUCAUCUGGGAAGAGGAGGAGGAGGACAAGAGAAGCAUUCUGCGGACCCGAUUCGCCGAUUAACCGGCGGCAUUUCCACCGGAGGUCUGGUUAUCGCUUCACCUCCUUUGGCUCAGGUGCCACACUGACACUCAUUUUUUCCGUCCCUAGAGCUCUCCGCCGCCUCUUCAUAAAAUCGUAGAAAUCAGGCUGCGUUCACGGCGCCGAGCGUACGGGCGCGACAUUGCCGGCGCUUCUCGCUGCUUCUAGCAGUUUUUUUUGGCGGCUGUGCUUUGUUGUUUCAGUCUCUUUCGAUCUCGCUUUUCGAAGGUUUUGUUUUGAGCCAAUGGCCAUUGAUGUGAAGUUUCGAGAAUACAUUAGUGUCUUGUAUGUUUAACCACUGCAUAAAUAAAGGUAUCGGUAUGAAUCAAAUUCAGAAGGGCAAAACUCAAAUUUCUGAGGAACAUUUUCCAGGAUGUUUGGGAAGAGUGGUCAACCUCUUUGACUUGAAUAUCGGGAUUGCAGGAAACAAGAUGCUCAUGGAUAAGCAGCAUCAAGAUGGAUUUCCUACCAGCGGCAAAUCUCACAUGGCUCGCCCGUCUCCAUAUAAGGAACAAAUUGAAGAUAAAGAGAUUGUGCCAAAAUCAAGUGCAACUAUUUCAAACAGGAAAUCGAAUGGAACACCAAUGAAGAUGCUGAUUGCCCAAGAGAUGUCCAAAGAAAUCAACAAUAAGCCUAAUCCUCCAAGUGUCGUAGCCAGGCUAAUGGGGCUUGACACUCUUCCGUCUCAACAACCUGGCUCUUCUAAACAAAGAGAUUAUGCUUGUGGCAGUGCUCGAGUUCAUGCUGACCCACACUUGAGUUGCUGCAAUGAUAACAAAAGUGGAACAUUAGAUGCAGAGCAAGAUCAAUGCAAAGAUAUUUUUGAAGUAUCGCUGCAUCCGAAGUGCUCUCUGAGAAAUAAAUUAUCAGAAAGUGGAAGGUGUGAUGAAAAGGAUAAAAGGAUAGCCUAUGUACGCCAGAAGUUCAUUGAGGCCAAAACCCUGUCUAUAGAUGAAAAAUGUCGCCAGACUAAUCAAUUCCAAGAUGCAUUAGAAGUUCUGAGCUCCAAUACUGAUUUGUUCCUCAAGUUUUUGCAAGAACCAAAUCCUAUGUUUUCUCAGCAGAUAUCCAAUCUGCAAUCUAGUCUCCCCCCUACCGAUAUAAAACGGAUAACUGUCCUUAGACCUUCUAAGAUGGUAGAUAACUGUGUAUUUUCUGGCAAGGUGAUGACUGAAAAACACAAAAACAGUGCCAACCAGCUAGUCAGCCAAUUGAACAAAAGGGAUGAAAGUGGCCUAGAUCGUUCUGUUUCUACAACUAGUUGCAAUGUUGAUGGAAAUGCCACCCAACCAACUCGAAUAGUAGUACUUAAACCUAGCACUGGCAAGUCUCACAACCACAAGGUUGGGAGGUCCCCACCUUGCAUACCUGCAGCACGGUUGCAUCAUGAAAAUGUGUUGGAAGACAAUGAAGACAAAGAUGCUCAAGCAUCAAGAGAACUGGCAGCUGAAAUUACGCUGCAGAUGCAUAAAAACUUGGUCGGGCAUCCAAGAGAUGAGGCAAUGCUUUCUUCUAUGUUCCCUGAUGGUUAUAUUAGUGACGGCAGUUCUUUCAACAAGUCCGAAAAUGAGUAUGCCAUGGGCAACCUGAGUGAUUCAGAAGUCAUGUCUCCUGCUUCUAGACACUCAUGGGAUUUCAUUAAUAGGAUUAAAAGUCUUCAUUCUUUCUCCUCUUUAACUCCUGCAUCGUAUUCUCCAGAAUCUUUAGUUUCUAGAGAAGCAAAAAAACGACUUUCUGAAAGAUGGGCCAUGGUUGCAUCGAAUGGGGUUUGCCAAGAACAAAGGCCUCUCUGGAAAAGCUCCAGUACUUUAGGUGAGAUGCUUUCUCUAUCUGACGCAAACAAGUCAGGAAAACUUGAAGGAGCAGGAGAUAAAGAGGCAAGGGAGUUGAAUUCCAACCAAGUCAGCGAUACAAAUAUGAUGGAAGGCAGGGAGAAUUACCCAAGGAAUAAUCUCUUGAGGUCAAAUUCUGUCCCAGGGCCUUCUAUCACAUUUUCGUCCCAAUUGAAAGUAGAUUGCUCAGAAUCAGAGGCAGUAAAAGCAGAACAUGGAGAAGAGACAAUAAAUGAAAGAAGCAUAAAAUCCUCACUCAAAUGGAAAGUUUCAGGUUUGUUCUCCAGGAACAAGAAACCUAUGAAGCAAAAGCUUGGCACCUCAAAAUCUGGUGAUGAACCUCAUUUUGGUGAAAAACGUUUUGAUUCUCCUGGAGUAGUAGGUAAUAACGUGAGUCAAUGUCUCAACAGCAUCGGGCAUGAAGGCUUGGCUCCUUAUGUGCAUGGCUCAUCAGGCAAAACAACUUCUACAGGCUUGACUGAAAAGCAAGGCAUCCGUUCCUCUGAGGUUGAACCUGGACCAUCUGUCAAAAGGGAUAGGCGUUGUGGAAUUCAUUCCGACAACCAAGAUCAACCAAGUCCUAUUUCAGUUCUGGAGACGUCAUUUGAGGAGGAUGAAUAUUUAACCCUAAACAAUAUCAAAUCAUCUGGUCAUGGGGAGUUGCCUGUCCACUCAGUCAGGUCCAAUUUAAUCGAUAAAUCCCCACCUAUUGGUUCAAUUGCUCGCACCCUAUCAUGGGAUGAUUCUUGGUUGUUGGAUACUGCCACGUCUUUAUCACUAAAGCUGUCCUCUACUCAAAGGACUGAAGAAGAACACGAAUGGUUCUUCUAUGUUCAGAAAAUAUUAUCAGAGGCCGGCCUAGAUGAAGUGCGAUAUGAUUCAUUCUUGUCCCAUGGGCAUUCACCAGAAAGCCCGUUGGACCCAUCACUUAGAGACAAGUAUAUUGAUUCACAUGAGGAGGAGUCACUACAUGAGUCUUGGAAAAGGAAAAGGAGAUCAUCCAGGAAGCUUGUCUUUGAUUGUGUUAAUGCUGUAUUGAUGGACAUUUCUUCCCAAAACAUAUUUCCUUGUAAUAGUGUAAUGUUGGUGGACUAUGUGUGGGAGCAAAUGAGGGAAUGGUUUUCUUGGAAUAUGGUGUCUCUCUCUAGUUAUGGUGCGGAAGGGAACAGCCCUGUGGUGCAAAAGAUGGUAGCGAUGGAGAUGGAGGGCAAGGGAUGGAUUCAAAGUUGGAAGAAAUUAGAAUGGGAAAGUAUUGGAAAGGAAAUUGAGGGGAAAUUGUUAGAAGAGAUAGUGCGCGAAGCAGUUGUUGAAAUGAUGAACUAGAAUGUGAUGGUUCUCUUUUACUCCGCUGGUCUCUGUAUCAUCAGUAUUUCAGUUUUUAAGUCCAUGACGGUAUUAUAAUUGUAAAUUGCAAUGUUUCAUAAUAAUAAUUGAUUGUUUCGCUAACUGCUAACCUGUAAUCGCUAUUUGCUUAUGGUCGAAAACUGUAUUCCUUUUCUUUCAGUCUGAAUUUUGUUCUUGCUUCUACGAGUUGAGUUUCCUA